AUAUAGCAAAGACGAACCCAAAAAUACAAUCUAGUUAAACAACAAACAGUACACAUGACAAAGAUCGGUUUCUACUUAGCUACAUAUGCAACCAUCUACAUCAUAUUAUCACCUGGGCUACUAGCCACGGCGGCGCGUGAGAAUCUGCAUCACCAAUGCUUUUGCGAGUCACCAAGCAAGUGUGAUUGCUUCCCAACGACACCAACACCGCCAACAUCUGUGAAUAAGUCACGGAAAGGCGGACCACUAUGUACGACAGACGGUGAUUGCAAACAUUUUUGUCGUCCUAAAAAAGGUGUUUGUAACAUCGAUUUCGAAACGUGUAUUUGUCAAUGAAAUUUGUUUCAGAUUAGAAAAAUCUAACGACGUGUGUGUUCUAGUGAUCUAUAGAUCCUCAAAUAAAGACUUUAACCUUGAUAUAACACAAAUAUGGCUAUUUUUCC